AUGUCUUAUAAGCACGGUAGGUUUGAGACCGACGGCAAUGACCUGCAGAAGCAGAUGCAAAAUGCUCAACAGCCAGGAUGUAAAUUUCCCCGAAGCACAGUCGACCUGGAUGAUCUCAACAAAGACGAGUGGACUAUUAAUUAUACUUACGAGCCUCUUCCCCACGGACUAGCUUGCUGGACUGGGCGACUUGGACUAAAAGCAAGCAUUCCGGUUCCGGAGGGUCACGAAGGCCCAUACCGCUAUGUCUGCCUGAUCAAGCGUGAACUUCCACCUAUCAGCUGGGUGGGCCGCGUUGGAGAAGGUGUCAUCGUCUUGGACAUUAUUAAUCGGGUAGAUGGAAACACUUACUACAUUAGUGACCUGACUAAACUGGCCUAUCAGGAGUUCUUUGACCUCGAUACGCUUCGGUAUGUAUUUGCAACUUGUGUUGUGAACGGUGAGACCACAUACCUUCUGAACGAAAUCUACAACGCUCACGAUAUCGUCCCUUUCUGCAGCGCUGAGUACACAUGGGAGGCUUCUACUGCGGAGUUUAGAGCCUUGAUUGGCUGCGGCAUUGGUAAGUGUGUUUCUACAUUCAUUCUUGCUGCCUAUGGUCAAGGUGUCAAGCAGAUUACGAAAAUCAUCACUUGGCGAGUUGAUGCAGAGCUUGAAAUGCUGUUCUACAUUGAAAAUGUUGCUUAA